CAUUAUCUCCUUCGUGCAAGGAAAACCCACACUAUGCCACCUUGCCCAAACCAACCAAUCGUUCAAGGAACCAGCACUUGAUGCGCUAUAUGCGGACAUAAAUGUCUUCGCAGACUUUCUUAGAUGCAUGCCAUCCGAUCUGUGGGCGCUCGAGGACGCGCCUGCAGGCGCUUUCGAGCAUCAAACACUUGUGUUCCGACGUCGAAUGACCUUGAAGGAUUGGGAAAUUUUGCGCCCCUACGCUGCCCGCGUCGUCACCAUCCGGGAGACAAUUGCGUUCAUCCAUGCCGAACAUAGAACAAAACUCUCGCCUCUCGUCUGCGAUGCUCUCUGUCACUGCCCGUUCCCCGACCUGUUCCCUAAACUGCGAAAAGUCGACUUCUUUCAUCCUGACGAACGGCAUUCCAGGAUGAUAGCCUUCACCUUACUUGGUCCCCAGCUCCGGUACGUGAGGCUCGACGAUCAAAAGUACCUUCUGCGUUACGCGCCGAAACUGGGCAAGAUUUGCCCUUUGGUUAAGGUGUUCGAAGCGCCGCGAUUCGCCAGCAAGUCUGAGAUUUUACUCGAUCUGUCAGAGGCGGUAUGCUCCUGGAAUCACCUUCAAUCAGUUAGCUGCGGGGACGUGGACGAGCCCAUGAUCUCUCAUCUCACCACGCUCACCUGCCUAGAGUCACUCUCCAUUCACGUCACCGAGGAGGCGCCAUGGUUGACGUCUCGCCAGUUCGGAGCAUUCAAAGAUUUGGAAAGGUUGACUCUCGCAACAGACUCAGGGACCACUGCCGUACGAGCGGUAUCGCGCCUUCUGUCCAACCCCUCUUCUCCCGGCGUACGCGCCAAUGUAGCGAACAUCGAAUGCGAAUCGAUCACGCCAUCUUCCUUCCUUGCGUUUACCACAGCCCUAGCGCGCGUAUGCUCGGACGAUCUCGAAAGUCUUUCGUUGUCGAUCGAGUUUGCCGGUGUCACUCGUGCAGACCCAGGUCUCUCUGAGCACUUCAACGCUUUCCGUGCCCUCUCACCAUUCAGAUACCUCUCGUCUCUCCGGGUAGAUUUCGAAGAUAUCCCUGUCAGCAUCACCGGCGACCAGCUCCUAGAACUUGCGCCGUCGUGGCCGGAGCUCUGGAGCAUCCAGAUCAAUACCAUUGAAAAUCCCAUUUCUCUUUCCGCCCUCAUCAAACUCAUCCGUGUCUGGCCGCUCGCUACCGAAGUUUGCAUCCCCACGUCGAUCACGCGCGCCGAUACUGCAGACGUGGAGGCGUCAACGAAGGACAUCCCAGAGUUCAAGCAGAUUCGGAGACUUAGUCUCGACUACGAACACGAGCCUAGAGAAGGCGAUGCCGAUGAAGACGAUGAAUUGGACCAGAGUACGAUUCCCUUGGUCGUGACUCUUCUUUCUCGCAUCGCCCCCCGGCUCUCGAGGAUAGAUCCUGUGAAUUAUGGGGACGAAGAAGACAUAUACUGGGACAACGUUGUGACAGCGAUCGCCGGCAAGAGGUUGAAGAAAAAGGUCAAGGUGCAGGCCAGCUCAACGUAAAAGACGGAACAUUGAAACAGACUUGUUUUCUCUCAAGUCGAUCCUUUUACGU